UAAUUUCUUUAAUAAAUUAUGAAGAACUAAUUCAAAAUAAAAAAAAAUUAGAACGACUUAUAAAUUAAUUUUUCUUCGGUAAAAGGAAAAAGAAAGAGGAAAAGUAGCCUUCUCUUCUCCCUCCUGCUGCACCACCUCUAGGCGAUUGUCCGGGCACCAGCAAAUCUGAUAUGAUCGUAUGAACACGCUGGAGUAGAAACAGAAACAAGCAUUUUUCAAGCUUUCAUUUUGGAGGCAGAGUCAUGCCCUUCUCUUCCUACAUUAGCCCCGCAAGGCGUGGAGCCUGGGUUCAAUCAAUGCUUCCAUCAUCCUCAAACACCAAAUCCAAGCUUCAACCUAGAAAGUCACGCAGGCGAGCCGCUCUCAAAGAUUUCUUCCUUGCUAAUUUCUUCACGAUCGGCCUCGUUUUUUCCCUCAUCCUCUUCAUCUUCGUCCUCAUUCGGUUUGGGGUCCCCAGGCCUGUUGCUUCUCACUUCAAAUACCGCGCAUCUCGCUACCGGAAAAAUGUCCGGAGGUCGAUAUUGGCUAACCGUGGGAACUACUCCCAUUUGGUUGCUAGUGUCGACAUCACGACGAAAGGCUUGUAUGAUAAGAUUGAAUUUCUGGACGAGGAUGGUGGGGCUUGGAAGCAAGGUUGGAAAGUGUCUUAUACAGGAAACGAGUGGGAUUCCGAAAAGCUGAAGGUCUUCGUGGUACCCCAUUCCCACAACGAUCCCGGUUGGAAACUGACUGUGGAGGAGUACUAUGAACUGAAAUCUCGUCAUAUACUUGAUACCAUUGUGGAAACACUUUCGAAGGAUGAUCGUCGCAAGUUCAUAUGGGAAGAAAUGUCUUACUUAGAGAGAUGGUUUAGGGAUGCGGCUGACGAAAUGAAGGAAUCAUUCAUCAAUUUAGUGAAAAAUGGACAAUUAGAAAUUGUUGGAGGUGGCUGGGUGAUGAAUGAUGAGGCGAAUUCCCACUAUUUUGCUAUAAUUGAACAGAUGACAGAAGGAAACUUAUGGUUGAAUGACACCAUUGGGUUUGUUCCUAAAAAUUCUUGGGCCAUAGAUCCAUUUGGUUACUCAUCUACCAUGGCAUACAUUCUACGUCGAAUGGGUUUUGAUAAUAUGCUUGUCCAAAGGACCCAUUAUGAGCUGAAGAAGGAACUUGCAUGGCAUAAAAAUUUAGAAUACAUAUGGCGUCAAAGCUGGGAUGCCGAGGAGAGUACUGAUAUUUUUGUCCAUAUGAUGCCCUUUUAUUCAUAUGAUAUACCCCAUACAUGUGGUCCAGAGCCAGCUAUAUGUUGCCAGUUUGACUUUGCACGCACUAGCGGUUCUAUUUACGAACUAUGUCCAUGGGGACAGUAUCCUGUAGAGAUCACUCAGGAAAAUGUUCAGGAGAGGGCACUUAAAUUACUGGACCAAUACAGGAAGAAAUCUACUUUAUAUCGAACAAAUACUCUCCUCAUUCCUCUUGGAGAUGAUUUUCGUUAUGUUAGCACCGACGAAGCUGAAUCCCAAUUUAGAAAUUACCAAUUGUUAUUUGAUUAUAUCAAUUCAAACCCCAGUUUGAAUACAGAGGUGAAGUUUGGCACUUUGGAAGAAUACUUCCAAACCCUUCGUGAUGAAGCAGAUAGAAUAAAUUAUACGCAUUCUGAUGAAACAGGGUCUGGCAUAGUGGUAGGUUUUCCUUCUCUGUCUGGGGACUUCUUCACUUACGCUGAUCAGCAGCAGGACUACUGGAGUGGCUAUUAUGUUUCACGACCAUUCUUCAAGGCUGUUGAUAGGGUGCUAGAGCAGACACUUCGUGCCACAGAAAUGAUGAUGGCUCUAGUGCUUGGGUUUUGUAGGAGACAAGUAUGCGAAAAGCUUUCAAUAGGGUUCUCCUAUAAGUUGACUGCAGCCAGAAGGAACUUAGCUCUUUUUCAACAUCAUGAUGGGGUAACUGGUACUGCAAAAGAUCAUGUAGUUUCAGACUAUGGAACUCGAAUGCAUACCUCAUUGCAGGAUUUGCAGAUUUUUAUGUCAAAAGCGAUUGAAGCACUUCUUGGUAUACGCUAUGACAAAUUGGAUCAUAGUAUUGCUCGUUUUGAGCCUGAACUGGUGAGACUAAAGUAUGACGCUCAACCAGUGCAUAGAGUAAUCAAUACUCAUGAGGGGACAUACCAAACUGUAGUCUUCUUUAAUCCUUUGGAACAGACAAGAGAAGAAGUGGUGAUGGUUGUCGUUGACAGUUCUGACAUUGCUGUGGUUGAUUCUAACUGGACUUGUGUCAAAAGCCAAAUUUCUCCUGAAUUGCAGCAUCAUAAAAGUAAGAUCUUUACUGGGAGGCAUCGAGUGCACUGGGAAGUCUCUGUUGCUGCAAUGGGACUGGAAACAUAUUACAUUGGCAAUGGUUUUAUGGGUUGUGAAAAGGCUAGGCCGUCAAAGCUGAUUUUUUUCUCCAAAUCUGAUUCAUUUUCUUGUCCUACUCCAUAUUCCUGCUCAAAAAUUGAAACUGAUGGGAUUGAAAUCGAGAAUCAGCAUCAAAAGCUCACUAUAGAUGUAAAGUAUGGUUUGUUGCAGAAGAUAAGCUUCAAAAAUGGUUCCCAGAAUAUUGUAAAUGAGGAAAUUGGCAUGUAUUCAAGUUCAAACAGCGGAGCAUACUUGUUUAAGCCUGAUGGUAACGCCCAAUCUAUUAUUGAGGAAGGUGGACAGUUGCUGAUUUCAGAGGGCCCUUUGAUGCGGGAAGUAUACUCUUAUCCAAUGACGGCAUGGGAGAGAUCUCCCAUCUCUCACAGUACCCGUAUAUACAAUGGAAAGAACUCUGUCCAAGAGUUUGUCCUUGAAAAGGAAUAUCACGUUGAGCUUCUAGGAGAUGAUUUUGACAAGAAGGAGUUAAUAGUUAGAUAUAAAACGGACAUUGAUAACAAAAAGGUUUUUUAUUCUGAUUUAAAUGGAUUUCAGAUGAGCCGAAGAGAAACUUAUGAUAAGAUUCCACUCCAAGGCAAUUACUACCCUAUGCCUUCUCUUGCAUUUAUGCAGGGAUCUGAUGGGCAGCGGUUUUCUGUCCAUUCCCGGCAAUCGUUGGGUGUGGCAAACCUUGAAAAGGGAUGGCUGGAAAUUAUGCUUGAUCGUCGUCUAGCAAAAGAUGAUGGGCGUGGCCUCGGACAAGGAGUGAAGGAUAAUCGUGUAAUGAAUGUGGUCUUCCACAUAACUCUAGAAUCCAACACUUCCUUCACCUCAAAUUUGGCUUCAGGUUCUUUACCUCUCAACCCCUCUCUUUUCUCUCACUGCGUUGGUGCUCACCUGAAUUAUCCAUUACAUGCAUUCAUUGCUAAGAAGUCACAGGAAGUAUCUGUGCAGCCACCAUCUAGAUAUUUUUCUCCUCUGGCGGCUCCCUUGCCAUGUGAUUUGCAUAUAGUGAACUUCAAAGUUCCCAGGCCUUUAAAGUUCUUACAGCGACCACCCGAAGACUUUAGAUUCGCUCUAAUCUUGCACAGGAGGCAUUGGGAUUCUUCAUAUGACAGAACUGGAAGAUCACAGUGCAGUAAUCUGGCCAACGAGUCGGUGAAUAUCUUCAGCAUGUUCAGGACCCCUGCUGUUUUGAAGGUUAAAGCAGCUUCCUUAAAUCUUUUGCACGAUGAUCCAGAGGUUCUGGGAUUAACAGAGCAGUUUGGAGAUCUUGCACAAGAGGGGCAGGUUGACAUAUCUCCGAUGGAAAUCCAAGCCUACAAGUUGGAGCUCCGACCACAACAGUUUUAAACACUCAUAAAUCAGUCACCAUUGCCGCUGAUAUUAACGGGGUAAAAUUCCAACAAACUGAUUUUUGUUACUGCUUAACUACUGAUGGGAAUAAAUUGUUCCUGUCUAAACUUCAUUCUCAUUUGUGGGUUGAAGUUUUCAGUUAUGACUAAACGUCCAUGGUGGUAGAGAAGUUGCAGCACCGCUUGAGGAAGCGUGUGGCGGGGUUUUCGUAAAUUGCAAUUCUUUUUUAAGAUGGGUUUUUAACACGUGAGGCUUCUUUUUUAAUGCUGUAGCAUCUAUGUAGAUCUUUCCGAAACCAAAAGGCCUUCCGCUCUCAGGGGUUUAGAUGUACAUGUACAUAUUCAUUACUCAUAUACAUGCACAGCCACUGAACUCGUGUAUUCUUUCCAAUGCUUGAUGCAAAAUAGUGGAAACAGGAGCAAGAGACAAUCCGUAGACAA